AUGCUGAAGAGAUGCAUUCCUUUGUUAGGGUUUGUGCGGUACCCCGACAGAGAAUCCAGAAGAAAGAACGUGGGAGGAACUUCCACGUCAUUGAACUUGAGCUUACAAUCAAAUGAUUUCACUAUAAGAAUAGUUCAUGCUGGUGGUAGAGAAGAGGUCUAUCAAAAUGCAGUUCUUGCGUCUCAAUUGAUGGAAAAGUAUCCAGGGCUGUGUGUUGCUCGGCCAGAAGUCUUUAAGAACCCCCACAAGUCACUUUUAUGGCCAGAAGAGAAGCUGUUGCCUGGUCAGAAGUAUUAUCUAAUCCCAUGUACUACUGCACAGAAACUGAUGCGUAGACACCCGGAGAAGGUAAACAAAAAACAGCCUUCUGAAGGAAGCAAAGAUGUGUCAUAUGGGAAUAUUAUUGUUGAUGUAGACGGUGAUAAUUUGUGUGAGUCUUUUUGUUCUGCAAAAGACUUCUAUACCUCCAAGGAAAGGUGGUCUAGUUGUUUGCUGAGAAGAUCUGGAGUGAAGAUGCCUUCUUUAUCACCUAUUCUAAAGGAAAAAAUGCACAGGGGAUUGGGGUGGGAGCCCAGCCUGACUUCUAUACAGGAACUGUCUCCAUAGGUCUCUUUUUCACCAGAUGUUUCUUGCUACUAUAUGCUCGGGUAUGUAAAUCCUGCAAAGCAGUUGAACUGCUAGUGUUUGUAUGUUUGUUGUAUAGUAGUAAUCCGCAAGAUGGACACGUUCAUAAAUAUUGAUGUGUACUAUUUUAUGCUACAUUCUGCUUAGGACCUCAUUUUUUGGAUUUUGAAGGAACCUUCCCAACGAUCA